CCUGUUAAACCUGAAGACACGUGUGAAGGUGAAAGUCUACCUCUACAAAAAGUAAAGAUUCUAGUUGAGAGAAAGGCAACUCUGAAAGCAAAGUAAGGUAAGUUCGGAUAAAUCCAUCUGAAAGCCAAAACAGUCCACCGGCCAAUUGUCCAAAAAAACAAAGACAAAGAAAACAGAUAAAGAAAACAAACAAAGAAGCGUCGAUCAUCAUGGAAAGAGGGAGGAGUGACGAGAACCAUGGGGCCCCGAUACAGACUCUCAAACAGAAGGGGAAGAAGAAGAGCAAAUGUUGCAUGUCGUGCUUGAAGUCUCUAUGGGAUGUGGUCCAGGAGGAGGUCCAAGAGGAGGUCCAAGAGGAGGCCCAGGAGGAGGCCCAGGAGGAGAAACGGGAGGAGGUCCAAGAGGAGGCCCAGGAGGAGAUUGAAGAGGAGGCCCAGGAGGAGGUCCAGGAGGAGGCCCAGGAGGAGGCCCAAGAGGAGGCCCAGGAGGAGGCCCAGGAGGAGGUUGAAUCCUGAGCCUUGGGCUUAUGUGAAGCUUUAAUCGGUCUUUGUUCCAAAGGGUGAAUCCCUUUUUAACCUGACCUUGAACAUCUGGACCAGUUUUUCCAGGCUGCGUUGAAUCUCAGUGUCCGCCAGCAGCUUUAGUGUGAUUUAUGCCAUUUGGAGAUGAAAAUAUUCACUUUCAGUCAGUUUCAUCAGCUAAUAAACUUGCUUUAUACCUCAAUGCAGGAGUUGUUAUUCACACAAUUCACUAUCUAUGUAUAAAAAAACUAAAGAGAUCCUUUUCAUGAACAAAUUGAUUGUGAUUGUGUGAUCAAUAUUGAUUGUGUAUUGAUUAAUAAACUUUUCUUCUAUUGUUACCCUGGAAACCGCAUGCAUCGCAGACGGAUUUCUAGCAUACAAAC